AUGGUUAAUGGUUUAUGGACAGGUAUCUUCACUACUGAAAGUGAUGUCCAACUUGAAAUAGAAGCUAAACUCAUUCCGAAACGCGGCAAAAAUCAUGCAUUUGUGAUUGAUGGUGUUGCUCUUGCGGAAUUCAUUCUAAAAGUACGAAAUCAAUCGAAUAAUUGCGACUUGUGGAGUGGUGGAAACUAUGAUUUAUACGCUUUGGAGAUAAUUCGCUUUUUCAAAGUGUUGAAAUCCAUAAAUGCGAAGGCUGAAAUAGUUUUACCAUUAUCCAGAUUGAUGGGUAACAUCAACCAAUUCGAAAAUGAUGCUUCAACUCAAGCUCAAAGGUAUUCUUCGAAAAAUAUUUUCAAAAUCAACGCAGAUGACGCUAAAAACAAUGAUAUUAGAGGAAUUUACCCACACUUUAUCUUCCAAGUUAUCAAAGAAACUGCAAAUAAACUUAGAAUUCCAUUAGUUUACACAAAAUUUGACUUAAAACGCUAUAUUGCUAAGAUUAUUUCAAUUGGUGAUGCAGAUGCAUGCAUUAUAAGUGACUCAGAAUACCUAAUUUUCCCACAAAUAAAAGCUAUUCCGAUUGAUUCUUUUUAUCAUACAGAAAGCGGAGUUUUGAUUUGUUCCUACUUUACAGAUGAUAUGGUUGCACGUCAUGUUGGCCUUGUAAAUAGGCAAAAACUUGUUGAGCUUUCAAUUAUUAUGGGAAAUCACUUUACAUCACCAUUAUGGAACGAUAGAUACAAUAUUUAUACUCUUCUCCAUACACAACCUGAUCCUAUUUAUCCAUCUAUUCUCAUGGUCGCUUCUGUUGAAAAAAUCAAUCAAGAUUACCACUUUUUCAUAGAAGAACUGUCACCAUUCACCGAGAUUAUCAAUGUAGAUCCAGAUCUCCGGACAGCCAUUGACAAAUCUCGUGCAUAUUUUGACAUUUCAGAUGAUCUUCCCAGCGAAGGUGAUUCUUUCUGCAGACACGAGUCCGAAAAAGGUCAUUUACCACCCUGGGCCGCCAUUGUCGACGAAGGAAAUGAUCUUUGGAUCGAUCCUUGUUAUGAUGAUUACAAUCAUGACGUAAACGCGCUCAAAAUCACUAUUCCCUUCCGCGAAGCUUUUUGUUCCAUCCUCAGCAGAGAGUCUGUCAUCGAACAUUUCGUCUACGGCGAUGGUCCAAACACCAGAUCAGUUAAAUUAGACCAAAACAUUCCCUCUUUGAUCAAAGUCAAGAGUUUGGAUGAACAACAAAGGUAUGAACUCCUUUACCAAGUCAUCCACAAGAACUUUCCUACUCUUCCUUUGCUUUUCGACGAUCCGAUCAAUCAAAUUGAAGAGCCAAUGAGAACUUCAGCCUUGGCCAUUCGUUUUCUUCUUUCCACUUGUUUUACUGACCAUCAGACACAGUACACAAAGAUUACUGAUGAACAAAUGGAUCUACAGAAGAAAUACAAUAUACAAGGUGCUCCUUGUUUGGACUUUUUCGAGUUCAAAUCUUUAGUUGCGAUGUCAAUUUGUUGUGUCUUCCUUGAUUUGUCAAAUGUCGAAAUUCCAAACAUGAAAACAUCGCUCAGGAAAUCACAUGUGUCCGCGUUAUACCAGACAACUGUACAGCAUGUGAUAUGGCUUCAACAGUUCUUUGAUUUAAGGAGAUCGAUGAUUGAACCUGAGAGAUUUUGGAAUGGAAGAUUGUUUUCUUUGAUUUACGAAUCAAAUGGAAAAAUUUUGAACAAAAUUUUUGGUUCUUUAUUCGAUAAUAAGCUUCUUAAAACACUUGAUGCAACAAGGAUACAGCCACUGAUUAAGAUUAUUAUGUAUCCAUUCCCUGGCGAGUUGUUUGAAGCUUUUUCUGGAUGUCCGAGAUGUCUUCCAAUUUCUUCUUUCCAAUUUUCGAACAAAAAGAAAGAAGUCAACUGGAAAACAGGCGAAUUCACGGAAGUCGAAGUCGAAGAUACAAACAAGAGAAGACAUAUUCAAAUGGCUCCUCUUCCUCCUCCUGUUUCGAGAAAGGAAUCACCAAAGAAAAGACAAGAAAUCGAUGAAGAUGAAGAAAUCGCUUUCUUACAAGAAAUGGCCAAAAAGAACAAAGGAGGGCCAAAGAUCGUUGAGGCAAAGAAGACAAACACAAACAAGACAAAGGAAAAUUCAUUCAGAAAGAAAUUGACACAAACAAGCCAAUUGGAACUCAUCAAGAUGAUGAACGAGUACAUGGAGAAGAAAAAACUUCCGCCUGGUGUAUUAUGA